UUCCUCAGAACUCUUCUUCGGUCUGCCUCUGCUCCUUUUUCCUUAGACGCUGCUUUGACUUUAAGGUAUCUAAUUUAUUUAUUAUUUGCUCGUUUUCCUGGCAGAGACCAUGGGGAGUACAAAGCGAAAGCUGGAUCAACGGGCACACGCAGUUGCAAAGGGCCUUAAAGAUGUCCCCAUCAUGUGGUCAUCUCGGAUGUGGGUGACCUUCAUGUGUUUCUGGGGCAUCACCAUCGUCAUAUCUCUCCGGUACAACAUGAGUAUGGCCAUCGUGUGCAUGGUUAACCACACUGCUGUCAACGCUCAGAGCAGUGACGAUGGCCUGUUCUCCGACGCCAAAAGACUUUUGCACCUAUCCGAGUCAGGCGGGGUCAACGGCUCCGCGAAUCAUUGGCAACCCCAAAAGAACGGAAGGUCUGAGUGUGGCGUCAGAUUCGGGAACGAGACAGUUGAACAUAAUGAAGACGGCCCGCUGCUCUGGUCUAAAGAGACGCAAGGCUUCGUCCUAAGCUCCUACUUUUGGGGCUACGUGGGUCUCCAGUUGGUGUCUGGCUGGGUAGUAGGGCGUGUGGGCAGCCGUUACACUCUGGGACUGAGCGUCCUGGCAGCAUCUGUAGCCUGCGUCUUCAUCCCCGUGACUGCUAUGCACAGUGUAGUAGGUACCAUGGUGCUCAGGGCUUUCAUAGGAUUUGUCAACAAAGAAAAGAAA